AUGGAGGAAGCAGAACUUGUAGCAGGAUUCCGGGCAUACACACUGAAGAGUCCAGAGAAAUACAUAAAAAUGUUUGAAAUUGAGUUUCGGGGAACGGGCCUAGUGGUGGCGGCGUUGGCAGGGAAAGAGUUGGAGCAGUGCCAGCGGCAAGCGAACAAGGUGACGGAAAUCACGCUUAACAACUUUGACAAGGUCCUGGAGCAUGAUGGGAAGCUGGCCGAACUGGAGCAGUGUUCAGACCAACUCCUGGAUAUGAGCUCAGCCUUCAGCAAGACAACAAAGACCCUGGCCCAGAAGAAGUGCUGGGAGAACAUCUGUUGCCGGAUCUACUUGGGGCUAGUGAUGGGUGGUAGCCUGCUCAUCAUCCUGAUUGAGCAGCUGGCCAUCUUUCUCCCUGAGAGUGACACCAGUAAUGCCCCACAGACCCAGGAUGCAGGUACCAUCUCAGGGCUUGGGGACUGA